GAUUACAACAUGCAGCAAUAAUCAGCCAACUAAUAAGAAUUAAAAUAAAUAUUUCAACUUUUCUCAUAAGAAAACUCAGAUGAAAUCAACAUUUAAUAGAUGAACUAAUUAAUCAAAGAAUUGGAAACUAUAAAUCAAGAUUAAUAAUAGAUUAGCGUACCAUAUUAACAUGGUAGAAAACUGGUCAAAAAAAUUAGUUCUACUGAUAAUUUUGAAGAAGUGCAAAAGGAUUCUUCACCCAAAUCACCAACCUACGUUUCAGUUACAGAAUUAAAGUAUAAUAAUGAUUUGAACGUAGAUAUUUCCCAAAUAAUAAAACUACAAUGCACUUUUCAGAUUUUCAGGAAUUAUACAAUGAAUGUAUGUCUAAUAAAGAUUAACAUGAUGAAUUACUCGAAAGUGCCUUCUCUGUCUUUGAUUUUGAUAAAAGUGGUACCAUCGAUUCAAAGAAAAUAAGGAAGGUCUUCUCAAAGUUUAAAGACAAUACCAGCGAAGAAGAAAUCUAAAGUAACAUUAUUACAUAUUUAUAUUAGAUGUAUUAAAAUUUUGUGGAGUACUUCAUGACUAAAUGUCCUUGUAGGAAUUUAAAGAAUUUUUUAAAAAGAAUCUAUGAAUACA